GCUUAAACUCUCUCCCAGAUAUCCUAAGGCUCAUACAAUUAAUACAAUUAUUCUUUUUAUGAAUUUCUAUCAUUUCUAUCAUGGUAUCAGAGCCUAAUUCUUGAAAAUAAAUUAUUCCCAUAUAAAUCCUUUUGCAAGAUAUUCUUCUUCUUGCAAAAUCAUGGCGGUCGAUGAUGAGACCAAAACUAGCGGCGAUACAUCCAAAGACAUAGUCAUAGAUUCUAUGUCACCUUAUUUCAUUCACUCUGGAGAUAAGCCCGGAGAUGUUCACGUAACCACAAUUCUUCGUGAUGGAAACUAUGGAGAUUGGUUCGAUGAGAUGAGCAACGCUCUUUAUGCAAAGAACAAGUUCGGGUUCGUAAAUGGUGAUAUUCUGAUGCCCAAGUCCGAUUCACCAUACCUCCCGUAUUGGCAGAGAGCAAAUGCCAUUGUAAAGGCUUGGUUGAAUAGUAGUAUGGAGGCUGAGCUUAGACAAAGUGUGAAGUUCAAAACGGCACACGAAAUAUGGGUUGAUUUGAAGGAAAGGUUCGAAAAGGACAGUGCUCCGCGAGCUUAUGAGCUCCGAUGUUCCCUUGGUGCCAUCAGACAAGACGGACAAUCCAUAUCCGCCUAUUUUAGCCAAUUGUGCCGCAUAUGGGAUGAAAUGGCCUCUAUCAAUAUACAAGCCAGUUGCACUUGCGGUAAUUGUUCCUGCAAUGUCUCUAAAUUGAUAACUGAAUCUCGUGAUAGAGAGCGUCUUUAUGAUUUCUUGAUGGGCCUUGAUGAUAUUUAUGGGCAUCUAAAAACCCAAAUCUUGGCUACGAGGCCGGUUCCAUCACUCAGCACCGCAUACCACCUUAUUUCGGAAAGUGAACAACAUCGGUCCAUUGCAUCCGCUUGCAAACCCAGUGGUGAAGGGACGGUGUUCCACACACAACCAAAGAAGGACAUAGUCCUAGGCAGGCGAUCAAACCCAAAAGAAGGUCGGUCUUGCAGCCACUGUGGAAGAACCAACCACACGUACGAUGCAUGCUUUGAGAGAAUAGGCUAUCCGCCCAACUGGAAUCUCAAACAUAAAGAAAGUAAAUUUGGAGGACGGGCCCCACAUCAACGAAUUGGCUCAGUGCAAGGAGGAGGCAGAGAAAAUAAUUUUGAACGUAGACAAUCAAUUCCUCGUGCAGCUCAUGUGAACAACAGACCCACUCAUGAAAUUGGACUCUCUGAAGACCAAUUGCACAUGCUAGCCAAAUUAAUGAAGGAUGAGCUACAGGACCACGUGCAUCCCCCAUCCUCUUUUGGUAUCAACAUGGCAGGAAUUACCCUCGAGGAAGCUGAUUGGGGUGGGUCAAAGCCGUGAUGGUCUUUAUUAUUUGGAUUCAUCAAGAGAUGGAGGAGCGGCAAUGUCAGUUUCUCCUAAUCUUGAUUUGUGGCAUCAACGUUUGGGACAUGCAUCGGACAUAAAAUUACAUCAUAUCUCUUUUCUCCAAGGACUAGGUCGGAGUAAUAAUUUUUGUGAUCCCCGCAUACGAGCUAAACAGACUCGUUUACCUUUUCCUGUCAGUACUAUUAAAACAACUUGUUGUUUUGAAUUAAUCCAUUGUGAUAUUUGGGGAGGAUAUAAAAGUGAGUCUAUUUCCGG